UACUUACUUAUGUGCCAGUACUAGGCUUAUUCCACGCAGCUUACGGGUCCCUCGAAAUCAACUUCAACUUGUCAGCAAUGGGUCUUUAACGCUCUCUUCCUUUAACGGUACAUCGGUCCAAGCAAGUACAAAUUCUUUAUGGCACUGGUUCGUUAUUGCCUUUGCUGAUUCAACUUCUUUUCUUUUCGAAUCUCACGGUUCACCACCAAAAUGA